UCAAAACUAGCUCGGAGAGUUUGAGGUAGUGGUCGAGUGUUGCGUGGUCUCCGUGGGUUCUUUAUACAAAUCUUCGGAUACGAUUACUCUUCUUUUUUUAGGAUUAUCAUCCCCUUCAGUGAUUAUUCCAUGGAUUUGUAAAAUAGCCUGCAACGACUGCUAUAAGUACUUCUGGACAGGAAGUGCGAAUUGGACUAGAGGACGUAAUGAAUUCAGCUAGGGUUAUAAAGGCUUGUUAUUACGACUAAUGCUCAUGAAGUUUCUUGAUUCGAUCCGGUCACAGUGUAGCCACUGUUAAAAAGUUAGUCUUAGAGACCUUAGUACGGAUAGAGUCACAAGAUGGCAGCACCAGAACGGCUCCUGCUCACCCUGUCGUAUUUUUGGCUGUUGUUAUGUCUCUGUAGAAGUCAAUGUGAGAUUGAGACGGGAGAAAGUGUAAUAAUAAUGGAUAUUCUAGAAAGUAGGGGUAAUCAGGUCAAUCAGACAACAGUGCCAUCAGAACUUCCCAUCCGUGGAACACCUCCACAAGUAGAACUGGGAAUUCAAACUGCCACAGCGGAUUACUUCGCAAUCGAUGGAAAGCGGCUACGGUUGAAGCGACCGAUUGACAGAGAUGCUGAAAAACUCACCAUGGUACGACUACAGAUAUCUUGCCGUGAUGUGUUCUCUUCCGAACAGAGGAAUAUUCCUGUCGUAAUAAGGAUAGGAGAUAUCAAUGACAAUCCACCCAUAUUCAAAGCAAGGUCCUACGAAACAACGGUCUCCGAGCUGACUCCGGUCGGUACCACAAUAUUUAGGGAUCUGUCGGCCAGCGAUGCGGAUUCAGACAGUAAUGGACUUGUGGAAUAUUCAACAGCUCCCGGGGAUUCCACCGAGAGAGAUGGCUAUCCUUUCUUCUCCAUAAAUCUUCCUCACCAAGGGCUAGUGACAGUCAAAAAGACUCUCGAUUUCGAGAAAUCAAGUAUCUACUAUUUAACAGUACUCGCUAAGGAUAAAGCUUUAGACACCACUCAAAGGCUAACUUCCACCACUACUCUCACAAUUCACGUGGCAGAUGGUGAUGACCAAGAUCCAGCCUUCGUAUACGACGCCUGCGCGCUGGUGAAUGGAGCAUGCGUCAACCCGGAGUAUAAAGCUCACGUGACUAGUGGCAUUAUGUCUGGGUUACUGAAAGUGUUUCCAGAGUCUAUAUUAGCCAAAGACAGGGACUCUCUCAACUCCCCUAUUCGAUAUUCUUUUGUGAAUGGAACUCCAUCAGUCUAUAACGAAUAUUUUGAAAUCGACACAAACAGCGGGCGUGUACGCCAACUCAAAGCACUGGAUAGGAAACUUGCCAAAUUCCUGCACAUCAUAGUCAAGGCUGAAGAGCUAACAGAGGGCAGAAGAUUUUCAACCGCCAAACUGCAAAUAGAAGUUGACGCCGUGGACAACCACCCUCCGGUGUUGACCCCUUCUGCAUUAGAAGGUUAUGUGGAUGAGAACUCUCCCAUCGGCACUACCGUCACUACGGAUCAUGACGGUAGAUCUCCUCUGGCUUUGAGAGUCACAGAUGCCGAUCUGAGUGAAGAAGAUGGCCCCGUUUCCUACACCUACGAAGUAACAACCAACUCUUUCCGAGUCAAUUCUGACGGGUAUUUAGUUGUCAACGAAGCCAACUUGGACAGAGACCCGCCGAACCCUAGCAAAUACACAUUCCAAGUGAUCGCUCGGCAGAGUGGAAGCGUGCCUGGAAAAGGUGCAAGUGCUCCCGUAGCACUGAAUGUCCACCUUAACAAUAUCAAUGAUAAUUCUCCUGUCCUAUCACCUUUACCCACAGUGCGACUGCCUGCAGGCGAUGGUUUGAGAACUGUAGCAAAAGUUCAUGCUACCGAUGCAGAUGAUGCAGAUGGUGAGGAACAGAUUGUUUAUUCUAUUUACCACGUUUCCAAUGAUGGUUUGUCUAAGUUCCGAAUCGACAGAACAUCAGGAGUCGUUCAAGUUCUCGACAAAGUGAUGGCUGGACAGCAGUACAGCAUUACAGUUCAGGCUACAGACCCUGGAGGCAGGUUCAGCCAAGCCAUACUGGACGUAGUCGUUGUUUCGGGCCCCAAUUCAGGAGGACCCGUGUUCAGCCAAGACAGGUAUGACACUCAGGUCAGCGAGGGAGCUGCUGUCAAGUCGACGGUGAUCACUUUGACGGCGGAGGACCCAGAAAAAGACGAUGUUACGUAUUCUAUAGUAGAAGGUAACACCAAUGGGGAUUUUGCCAUUGAUGCUAAAAGUGGUGCAAUAUCAGUUGCUCGCCGCCUUGACCGUGAAGAAAUUUCGGCGUACACAUUAAUCGUCAAAGCUGCUGACCCAGGCAAUCUGUUUACAACCACCAGCGUGGAUAUAAGGAUUACUGAUAUCAACGACCAAAAUCCUGUUUUCUUGCAACCUGAAUAUACCUUCCGCGUUGAGGAAGGUUUAGCAGAUGCAUACGUUGGUACAGUACAGGCAAGAGAUGAAGAUAUCUCCAUGAAUGGGCAUAUCACUUAUUCUUUGUCAGGAUCCAGUGAUUUCUACAUGGACGCGGAGUCAGGUGAAAUUCGUACUUCUCGUGCCCUGGAUUUUGAGUCGCACCACGUGUACAAAUUAUUAGUAACAGCUCGAGACAGUGCUCCGGACUCGAGGUAUGGCACGGCCUCUGUGACAGUGUUGGUAAACGACGUGCAAGACGAGAAGCCGGUGUUCGAGAAGAACACCUACGAAGGCAGCGUGCCUGAGAAUAAAGCCAACUACGAAAUCCUACAAGUCAAGGCCAGAGACCCUGAUUCUGUGAGCAGCGUUACUUAUGUGAUUAAAGAGGGCGACCAGACACUGUUCGCCGUUGACUCCAGCACGGGCAUGAUCCGAACACUGGCCCCACUGGAUUACGAAAGAACGACUUCUUACAGUCUAGUUGUGGGAACCCUAGAAAAUGAAGGACCAGAUCCCAGAGCUGUGGCCACCAUCAUCAUCAAUGUAGAGGAUCAAAACGAUGUGGCUCCUGUCUUCACCAGCAUUCCUCUACCUAUUCGACUGCAAGAUACAGUACCUUUAGGUACUGUUGUGACGACGGUUGUGGCUUCGGAUGGAGAUGGAACGGCACCUGGAAAUGAUAUCCGGUACGAAGUGAGCGGUAAAGAGAAAGCACCGACGUAUUUUCUUGUUGAUCCGGAGUCUGGUCUCAUCUCGGUCAAAGAUGAUUUGAGAAAAGAACCGGAUUCUGAAUACAGAAUUGAAGUCACCGCCAGAGACAUGGGAGUACCCUCUCUCUCAUCAACUGCCACACUGACUGUUUAUGUAGAGCAUAUCGCGACAGUUGCACCUGAUUCUGGACUGGGAUUCGCUGAUUCCCUCUAUAACGUGGAGAUACCCGAGAAUUCUUUGGCUAAUACUUUGAUUAAAAGUCUUCCCGUCAUCAACAAGCCAAGGGGAAAUUUUCCCAUUGGAUGUCGUAUCGAUAGAGGAAAUGACGAAGGUUUGUUCUAUGUUUUGGAGACGAACCAGCGAGACUGCGAACUUCGUCUGCAAACUGGCAAUUUGGAUUACGAAAGACAGAAUAGAUACGUGCUUACGGUGAGACUGGUGACUGUAGGAGGCCUAUUUGGCUCUUCUCGUUUGCGCACGGACGUCGCUUUGCAAGUCCUGGAUGAAAACGACAACCGACCGGAGUUCAUGACGCCUUCUCGCUACUCUCGAGCUUUGGGAGAUAAAUAUCUGGCUGCUCUAGCACACGAUGCUCCUAUAGAAACAGCCUUCUUGCAGGUUCAGGCUGUUGACGCUGAUUCAGGUUCCAAUGGCCUCAUAACGUACGAAAUAGCUCCAGAAUCGGAUCCCUUCCGGAGGUUUCGCAUAGAACCGCAGUCCGGCUUCGUGAGCAAUGUGAAAUCCCUGGAAGAUGUUUCCGAUGAAGAAUUACCCAUCAGGCUGAAAGUAGUCGCCAGGGAUAAUCCUGUUCUUAGGUCUGCUGUGAUGACUCAGAGCACUCAAGUGCUGGUGAAUGUCAUUAGGGAUGAGAAUCGAAUGGUUUUGGUUUUGAAACACGUUCUGCCCAGUCGCGUGCUGGAAAUGAAAGAAAAUAUACUCAGGCUAAUACAAGACCGAACAGGUGUAAUAGCAGACGUGGAGAAAGUUGUCUCCCUAAAAAUGAUAAAAAACAAUACAAUUGAAACUGACACAUCAGGGAGUGACCUGUGGUUCUACGCUGUUGACCCUGCAUCAAUGAAGAUACUGCGAGCAGAUGAUCCGAAAGUUAGAAUGGCUCUUCUUGAACAUGGCAAAACAGACAGCUUAUUGUCAGAGCUAUCUAGGACACUUGGGGCUCAGGCUGUCCAGAUUCGCCCUCCUAUUUUGACUCCUCUCCCAACUGCCCCUGCAGAAUCGUCCCCUCCUGUGGUCAUCGUUCGUACUGCAGGUGGCGGUGGAAAUAGUAGGAUACCUUCUGCGGGAGGAGAUGUCAGCGAUCUUGGUGCUGCCCUGAUCGCCCUUGCCUGCAUCAUUGUUGUCCUGGGGUUUGUUGGAAUAGUUUACCAUUGCUGUAUGUGGUCCAAAUAUAUUGCUUAUCGUGAAAGAGUAAAGCGCUUGUACGUCGCCCCGCGGUACGAACCAGUUUUCGUGGAGCCCAGUUUAAAGGAAUACGAAACUCAGGUAUUACAAAUGAGCAUUCCACUUGAUGACGAUGGAGGAGGAAGCCUUCAAGAUACCCAUCUAUCCUUGACGCUUCGUGGAAUGGAAGGCAUUGCCUAUAUCGGUGGAGGGUCUCAACGUGAUGGAUCCGCUUCUGCUUUUGGUGGACACAACACGGAUAACAGUUUUUCUACAGGAGGUUCCUCUUUGGAUGAGAGCCGCAGUUCUCUAGGCCACAGUAGUACUGCGAGAGCAACAAGCAGUGGACCAUCAGCUCUGGAGGAGCAAGGAGACCUUAUGGCUCCUGCCACCAAUCCUCUGUUUGAGGAUCCAGAUCAGCUUGAAGAAAUAGCUGGAUCUUCCAGAGGAGAUGAUUCUUCAGAGGGUAAAGUUGCUCUAGUGGAGACUCAUCAUCCACCACAUAGGACAAAAUAUACAGCAGAAAACACUACGGAACUCUGAAGCAAAUGAUAGUUUGUUAUUUUGAAAGCUUUCCAGAUAUUCUGUUCAUAUAUGGAGCUUUAUUAAUGAAAGGAAUUUGUUAGAAAUUCGAUGAUGUUACUUAGGUGUACAUAUUGAAAUUAAGUUCUACAGACUAGAAUGCUGUGAUAUGCAAUUUAGAACUUAUACAUAACAUAUCUCUUUAAGAUGUUCCCGAUGGAUAGUGUUUCGAGAAGACAUUUCAGAAAUUCAGAUAAAUCAUACUAUGUGCAAAAACAAAUUUUCAAAUAAAAGUAGAUAUCUAUGAUAAGCCAUGAAAUGGAACUUUCACCCUGACGCAUACUCUUUUAAUAAUCUUAAGAACUGUAUAUUUGUUCCAUUUUCAUGACAUACUGCUGCUGUUUCCCAGCUAGAGAUAUUUCACAGUUGAAGAAGAAUGUUUAUGAAACUGUGACUUGUGCAGGAAUUUAGCAACGAACUGUGAUACCACAAGGAACUAUAUUAUUGAUUUAUUUUAAAACCUGCUGAUGAAAUAUAGCUUAGUAUUUGCAGGCUCUUCGAAAAUUAUAAUUCUUCUGUAUUUCCCGUAUUAAAAUCUGCACGCAAAUGCAAAAAGUAACUAGAUAUAAAUUUUAAAGCAACUGUGAAAAAGUAACUAGAUAUUAUUCUUAUAAAUUUAAACAUUACGUACAAGGAAGGAUAAAAUGUAAUAAUGUAAUAUGAGUAAUGAGACACGUAAUAAUUAUUAAAAAGUGGAAAUCCUUCAGAUAAGAAUGAUUUUAAUUACUUUGACUUGGAAAUCUAAAGAAGAUGUAAUUGAAAGAGUUAAAUAUUAAAUUUAUCUUGUUUUUGACAGAAUGAUAAUCAAGACAAUCUCAGAGAAUUCUACGAGUGCAAUGAAUAAGAGAUUUUUCUAAGUCAUCUAGAAUUAUUAUAGGUAACUAUCGUAAUUUCCAGACUGAUGUUAAAGAACCUUUGACAAAAAGUAGAAAGAGUAAUGAGAAACAAUUCUUUCUCUUCUUUCAAGUACUACUUAAUAAGUUGGCAGCGGGUUUCGGAUUUAAAGUGAAAGCAGGAUACCAAGAGAUUAUAUAAGAUGUCGUUUCAAAGGUUCUACUGGAGCACUGUAUAUAGAUUAGAAAUGUGGUGCCAUACGAAACUUAAUUCCUGCCAAAAAACUUCAGAUGUGUUUAAAAAACUAUACAAACACUUAUAUAGUGUAUUCUUUUAAGCAAGAAUAUCCAUGCUACUUAAUAUCUAACUUUCAAAUGGAUUACGUUUGAAAUAAAAAUUUAAAUUGACAUUUUUCUUCCAAGGAUAGUUUGUAAAAGUAUUAAGAGAAUAAAAUAUAAUUGUGUAUUAUAUAGAGAUGGGUAUGCGAGUCCUUGGAUCCCGUAAAUCUUGAAAACGUUUCGAAAUUUGGAAACUCUACACUUCAUGCUUAUUUCAUCAUUCGAAUACUUUGAAUCUUAUUCUGAAACUCAAAUUCAGCUUUUAACUUGAAACUUUGGAAAGCUGAGCUUUAUUAUGUCCAAUAGAAGCAUUCAUUAACUCUUUAAGGCUAGUUUCACCAUUUUCUCCAAUGUAAAAAUCAAGCUUUACAUUCUGUAAUGUGUAAUCAACUUAAUAUAUUAUAACUACUUUCAAUAUAGGUACAGGUAUAAUAUAUUAUAACUACUUUCAAUUAUAUUUACUAGCUAAGUAAAUGAUUAUGUUCAAUAAAAAUGAAUAAUUAUAUAUUUAUCAUUGUAAAUAAAACAUACAAUGAGAAACAGUAUUUUUAGUUAACUAAAUUGUAAAAAAAUUAUAAUUCUAUAAAAGUUUUAUUAAAAGAUAAUGGUGAUAUAUGUAUAGAUAAUGGUGGUUCUCUGAGUCACCAUUAUUUGUCAUUUUUUUAAAAUAAAUCUAUUUAGAUAAAAUCUUUUUUUAAAUCGUAGACACAGAUUUAUAGUCAGUUGCCAACGAUUAAAAUUAAAAUAUUCAUUUAUUUCAUGUUCAUCUUCUGCUGCAACUGUAUUUUCUUUCCACAGAUUGAUUAUACCAACAAAUAAUACCCUUAAAAUCUUGAAUUUUCGGAAGUAUUGAAUUCUUUGAAAGCAUUCGCAAUUUACUCCCAUUUUGUCAAGUGGAAUUGUUUUUUUCUUCUGACAGCAUCUUCACGUUUUAACUCGUUCUGGUACUUAACUGUUUUCAAGAUAUAUUUAGAUCUUUGUAAUAAGCAUUUUAUCUUCUGCUAAUGGAGUAUGAUUUUCAUUUAUACUUAAUUUUCUAGAUGCUGCACAUUGAAGGUCGUCUAAUAAACUAAUAAGCUGGAUGUAUUUAAAUUUAAUGAUUAUUUGGAUAAAAAUUCGAGGUCGAUUUAUGCACCUCAAAAUCGAGUCUUACGGAAAGCAAAAGUCCGGCAUAAUCAUGUUUUUAUUGAACAUAAUUAAAAUUUGAAUUUUUCUUUCUCUAAAAAUAAAAAUCUGAAUUUUUUGUUUUAACGUCAUUGACGAGCUUAUGAAAACAUUUAUCAGUGACUGAGUUAUACAGAUAUACUUUACAUGCAUAAAUCUUAAAAUCGAGUUCUAAGAGGUUAAAAGAAUGCUGUUAUAAUUUCAGUGGGCUUGGGUUACCAACAUCACUGAGAGGUGACCUGAGUAUUGCUCUCUUAAAUUUUGUGGGCAGAAAUAAGCAUUUUAUCCUUAAUAUUCAGUAUUAAAUCUCAAAAUAUCACACCCCAUAUUCUGACUUCAAAAUAUCAUGAAAAGUAUGAAAAGUCUAGACUGUUAAUAAAGUAAUUUUUGUCAAAUUAUGUCAGGAAAAUGAACCUCAUAUUUCAACGAUUUUAAUUGUAUAUCUAAUUUAGUAAAUUUUAUAUCUAUUGCCGUAAUAAAAUUUAGGUGAAUUUUAAAAAACUGCAGUUUUAAAUCUAUUUUUCAGCAAAAUCAGAUUUCAUAUUUUUGCUUUUAUUGGAGGCUUUUAAAAUUUAGUAAAUGUUUUCCUCUUAUUAUUAUUAUUAUUAUUGCAUGUUUACAUGAAGGACUCAAGAGAUUUGAGGAUGUUUAAGCAUUCGGAUUUUGGAAAGCUUAGGAAUCGCCCCAUCUCUAAUAAUACAAAUAUGUCCACUUGCAAAUUAAAAUCUAUAGUUUUCAAGAUGUAUAAGUUGUUUGAUAUUCUUUAAUAUUAUUAAUAUUUCUGCAAUAUAUUCACUUAUUGGAUAUAAGCAGAAUACACAAAUCAAAUGAAUGUCAUAAAAGAUUUAAUAUAUCUGUUUAUAUAAUAUAUAUGUAAAUUAUAUAUGAAGUGAAAUGCAUGAAUAUCCACACAUGCAUCAAUAUUUUUUGUUUUAUGAAGGAAAAAUAUAAAUAUUUUCUACCUCUUCUUUUUAACGCAUUUUUAAUGUACUAAACCUCAGUUAAAUUACUUUUAUUUUUCAGGAAUAAUAUAUUUAAUUUAAAUUAAUAAUUUUGAGAAAUAUUAUUGUAUAAAUACCUCAGGAGCGUCCUGAAGUUGUAAAAAAGAUUGUGUCUGCGCUCAACGCACGUACUGCCAAACAGAUUGUAUAUUGUGCGUUUGUUGAAUUGAUUUAAUAAAUUAUUUUUCUUUUUCAUAUGAA